AUGGAUCAACAGAAGCGAUCCCCGCCCUAUGAGGGCCAUUCGUCUGGCUCCGAGGCCAGGCAACUUACCCCCGGCGCGAAGAAGCGUCCAUCGAGAGCUGGAACACGCAGCGUCACGACGCUCACUGCUGCUCAGCUGGAGCGGAAGCGGGCAAACGACCGAGAAGCACAGCGAGCCAUUCGUCAGAGAACAAAAGACCACAUUGACACUCUCGAGCGCCAAGUUCGUGACCUCACAGCCCAGCUCGAGAACAACUCUUCCACCAAGAUGAUGGAUCUUAUCCGAAGAAACGAGGAGCUCGAGCAAGAAAACGGCAUGUUACGCGCACGCUUGUCGCAUGCAGUCUCUACCCUUGGUGUUCCAGAACAAGGUGCUGGGGCACCCUCGCCCAGCGACCGCGUUCAGAUGCUCAGCCAGCCCAGGAGGAUGUCAACUGGGACUGCAAGGAGCGCACACUCUGUACCAGAGAUUGCGACGCCCGUCUCACAACCAGCACAUUGGCAGCCACAGCACACAUAUGCUCAACAUGUCUCGUCACCACAUGUCGAUACCCCACCAGCCAUGGGCGAAGUUCAAGCGCCUCAACACGAGGCUGUUCGCUGGAGCCCUCACCCUGGCCACCCCCAGCAGCAGCAGCAACCACAGCAGCAGCAACCGCAGCAACACCACCAGGUUUCGAUGCCAGUGCAGGAUCCAUCGGUUCAUGCAGUCGAGCAGCCGAGCAUGUCCUACCCGAGCCCAUAUGUCAUGGAGAGCAACGCCCGGGCCAUGUCGUAUCCUCUUGAGAACGCUUCCAUGGUCACGUCACAACCUAUGCCGAUGUCGGGAUACGGUACGCCCACCUCACACCCUUCUCCACAUACUUCAGAGUACCAGCGACACAUGAGUGUCCCGAUGCACCAUCAAUCGGUUCAGGGCCAGGCUCCUGCUCAACACCAGCAGCACCACACUUCGGCACCCUAUGGCUCAUAUGCUGUGGGACCCCAACAAGGCUACCCCCCGCAGGUCAGCCAUGGCGGUGAAAUGCCCAUGAUGCAUGCGCAACAUGGCCAAUCUCAGAUGAUGAAUGAGCAAGGCCAGCACAUCAUGUAUCAGCCAUACCAAUCAAACAUGAAGGUUGAGCAUUGA